GUCACAAAGAGGGGGGUCACGGAGCUGGCGUCAAAGCCGAAUGAGGGGGACCUUCCGGCUAGAGUGUAAACAAGAUGGCGGCGGGGAGGCGGAUGAUCGGUGACUACUUAAACUUCCUGUUGUUAGUGACCGUGGCCUUGGGGCCUGAGCUGACCCAGGGUAUUUACGAGGCCGGCAAAUGGAGACUGAAUAUCGGCUGGAAUCAAUCACAGACACAAUUUCUACAACGAAAGACAUUGUUUAACAACUCUUACGUUACCCUGAAAUGGUCAAAGGAGAAUUGUGGCUCCCUGGUAAACCUGAGCGUCACAUGGUAUUUGAGAAGUUUUCACUGUUACGAUGAAUAUUCUGGAGUGACUGAUGAGACAGCAGUAAAAUAUUUUGGUUCUACCUCAAAGCAGCGUGAAGAUGGAAGUGGCUAUUACAUACUACAUGAGUACAAUUCCUUUGUGUGUCAGAAAAGCACCAUUAGUGGGGAGCUGCAAGUAAAACCAUUUGACCAACCAAAGCCAUUGGCAAAUAAGACUCUGCACAUUGAACCUGAACCCAACCCCAAACCAAUAUCCAAAAGAAAUGCAGAGAGCAAGAAGAAAGAAAACAAGCAACCAAAGAACGAACAGAAAGUCACGAAUAAAACCACGGAGGCAGUGACUCCUCCGGGUUCGGUGGUACAGACCUGGGAGGACGCACCAUACAUUUUCAUCAUUGAGGUCCGAGACACGGGACCAAAGGCCGUCUCCCCUAACGACAGAAAUUGGAAUUUAAUCUUAGAAGUGGAAAUGUUGGGACCCUAUGGAUACAUUUCUGCGACAGAUUGGCCACUAAUGAUCUUCUACAUGGUGAUGUGUAUCAUCUAUGUGCUCUACAGUGUUGUAUGGCUUUUCCUGUUGGCCUGUCACUGGAAAGAUUUGCUCCGGAUUCAGUACUGGAUUGGCGGGGUCAUCCUGCUAGGAAUGUUGGAGAAAGCUGUCUUCUAUGCAGAAUUCCAUAGAAUCUCUCAGCAGGGUGUAUCAGUUCAUGGAGCAGUGAUUUUUGCAGAGCUGCUGUCAGCUGUGAAGCGCACCCUCGCUCGAAUCCUGUUCAUUAUCGCUGGGCUUGGCUAUGGUAUUGUCAGACCACGGCUGGGAACCACUUCAAGUCAAGUAGUUGGCAUUGGUCUGCUCUACCUGCUGUUUUCCUCAGUAGAAGGAGUCCUGAGAGUGGCUGUGGAGCAUUCUGCAGCAGCCAUGACCAUCUGUGAGAUUUCUCUUGCAUUAAUAGACUCCUGUAUUGUGUGGUGGAUCUUCGUUAGCCUGUCCCAGACAAUGAAGCAGUUGAAACUCCGAAGAGCUGUGGUGAAACUCUCAUUGUAUCGGCACUUCACAAACACUUUAAUAUUUGCUGUUUUUGCUUCAGUGAUUUUUAUCAUUUGGGUGACUAUGACAUUCAGACUUCCAGCCUGUCAGUCGGACUGGAGGGAGCUGUGGAUUGAGGACGCAUUCUGGCGAUUUCUUUUCUCCGUUUUGCUGCUUGUGAUAAUGUUCUUGUGGAGGCCGUCUGCAAAUAACCAGAGAUAUGCUUAUUCUCCAUUGAUAGAUGAAAUUGAUAAUGAAGAGGAAGAGGAACAGUUGAUCAAUGAGGCUUUCGAGGGAAUGAAGAUCAGACCCAUAAAAUCAGAGUCUAAUGGCACAGUCAAACCCAACAGAACGGAUGAAGACCUCAAGUGGGUUGAAGAGAACAUCCCAUCCUCACUAACUGAUGUUGCAUUGCCUAACCUACUGGAUUCAGAUGAGGAAAUAAUGACGACCAAGUUCGAAAUCUCCAAAAUGGAAUAAUUGUUUGGAAGCAUGUUACAGGCAAAACUUUACUUUUGAAAGCCAAAUCCUCUACUGCAGCGAGUUUGAACAUUGGACCCUUUUUAGUUAAAAGAAAAUGAAGGAACAUGUGGAAUGUUCUUUGUGGUGUGACAUUUUGAAAUGGCAUAAAAGCAUUGUUUUUCAUUUGGGAUACUUUCAGCCGAUCACUUUAUUGAAACUUUUUUAAAGCUGCCUUUUUAUACCAUUCCCCUUGAGACGGUGAAAUUGUGUUUGAACCCUGUGAAGAGCCACUAGCAGAGUCCACUGGAGAAGAGGUGUGUUUUGUGUUGCGAGUGCAAGAAUUGUAGAUGGAGCUGAGCAAAGUAGUUGCGAUGCCAGUUAAGCCAAACCAGGGCACUAAAAUAUGGCACGUGCGUAAAGGUUGUUGGGCUGAAUAUUUAUAUAAUAUAAUGGUACGCCUGUGCUUGUAUAUAUGCAAACAUCUUUUUGUCAUAAUUUAAGGCAAAUAGUAAAAA